UUGAUCUACGCCAUUUUAUUGAAAGGUUAGCUUUUUAUCAUACAUUUUUUUUCUUUUCGCGUGCCAAGAUCUCGGAUGAUUUUUUAUUAAAACCUUAGAGAAAUAUCAAUUAUAUUCUAUUGUACAAAUAAAUAAAGGAAAGAACAACGAAAUCAGGAAAUAAAUAUUUUAUUUUUGAAUUUAAACAUAAGCAUUUAAGGUGUGCACUUUAUAGCUGAUAUUUAUUCAUACCUUCGGACUUAAAAUCAUAUUACACGUGUUAUUUAGUCGGUGAUCGUAACCCAUAAGAUCUAAUUUUUUGCGUUAAUAAUAUAAGUUUUGGCAGGUGGUUCUUUUAGGACGAAGCCGGAGCCACUGAGAAUAUAAAAAAAAUAUUCCACGUGGUAUCGAAGCUUUGCAUUCAAAAUUAUAAGACUAUUUAAAUUUUUUCUAGAAUAAACAGUAAACACCCGUUUAAAAAAAAUGAGACUGCGGUUGAAACCGAGUCUGAUAAUAUCUGAAUUAUCAGAAGCAAUUAACAAAGCAAAUGAAUACCAAGUACGAAAGUUGCUUAUUAAGCUGCAGGAAAAAUGUGCUGGAGCUCUAUAUGAUGAGUGUGGGUUUAGUUUACUUUGUAAUUCUUUAGAAAAUCGACAUACCCGUGGUAUAGCAAAACUUUUAUUAAGAUUCGGAGCUCAAGUUAACAGUAAUUCGAUACGACUGACCGAAACGCCUCUUCACUUGGCUAUAAAACAUAAAGAUCUAGAAAUAAUUUGGUUUCUAUUGGGUCUGGGUGCGAAUGUUGAAGCUAGAAACUCAGUAGGUCAUACACCACUUUAUUGUGCUGUUGAAUCAAAUCAAGAGGAUAUUGUUGUACUUUUGAUAAAUGCUGGUGUUAAAAUUGAUAAUACAAAUAUAAAUAAUUUUAAUCCUUUUGUCGCUGCUGCUAAAAAUGGAAACGAUAAAAUUUUUAAUUUACUUACUAAUCAAAUUGAAAAACUAAAUGCCGGCAAACCUUAUGAUGGACCAUCCAUGUUACGUAUUGCUGUAGAACGAGGUUAUUCAGACACUGUUGAAAAAAUUGUUAAAAAAAAUAUAAACUCCAACAUAAAUUCACAUCCUGAUAAUAUUAAAUUAUUAACAAUUGCUGUAAUGGGUGAUCGCUAUGAUUAUGUUAAAAUAGUUAAGAUUCUUGUUGAUGCAAAAUUUACAAAUGACCCGGAAAAUGCUAAAAAUUCCGUGUUUCUUCACAAUGCUUUGAAAAAAAACUUUUCAUGUAUUGUUGAAGAUCUUUUGGAAUACGAUAUUGAUCCAAAUGUAACAGAUUCAGAUGGUAAUACACUUUUCGCAGUGGCUUGUAAAUAUGGUCACCCAGAUCUGGUUGCAGCAUUAAUUGAAAAAGCUGAUAUACUUUUAAAAAAUAAUUUUGGCCGCAAUGAUAUUCUAUUUAAUAUUUUUGAAAGUAUAUAUUCAAUUAUGGACCAGAUUCAUUAUAAUUUCAAAUGGAAUAACAAUGAAAAUUCUGAAAACUAUGUUGUUUUACAUAACAAAUGGGUAGAAAUUAUAAAAAUAUUAAUAAAUAGAGGUAUUGAUGUCAACGAAAAAAAUAAUUUGGGUUUGUCACCUUUACAUUUUAUAGCAAAAAGUCAAAUAUCAAUAACUUUAUGUAGUUUUCGGCCAAUCGCAAAACUUCUUAUCGAUGCAGGAGCUUCUGUUGAUGAUACUGAUAAGUCUGGUAUUACUCCUCUUGAAUAUUCUAUCCUACAGGAAAGACCAGAACUUGUUGAAGAAUUUUUACUAAAUGGUAAAAGUGUUGAUUUCAAAGAUCCUAAAUCUCAAUGUUUACUGUAUCAUGCAGCUAGAAAUAAAUCAUCAUCAAUUGUUGAAAUGUUAUUGAAACGAAAUUUAAAUGUUAAUGCUACUAAUAAAGAUGGUUGUACACCAUUGCAUUUAGCUGCUAAAUUUGGAUCUGAUACAGUUGUUAAAUGUCUUUUAAAACACAAUGCCGAGGUUGAUGCAAAAGAUCGCAAGGAAAUGACGGCACUUCAUUAUGCAGCAGACAAUUGUGACUCAACGAGUACAAUAAAGGAAUUAUUAAAGUACAACGCUGAUCCUAACAGUACUGAUAUAAAUGGAUUAACACCACUACUAAUUGUUGCUAAAAGAAAUUUCACAUGGAAAUUAGAAUUUAUGAAACUCCUUUUAAAAUCUGGAGCAGACAUUAAUGUCAUAGAUAAAUCCCAAGGCAAAACUGCUUUACAUAUUGUUGCAUAUUACCAGGAAGACUUGAUCUCCUUAUUGUUAAAUUAUGGAGCAGAUAUCAAUAUUAGAUGUAAAAAAAAUCAAACAGCUUUAGACUGUGUUAUAGAAGCUAUGACUUCAUAUUGUAAACAAUGUGGUCAUACUUUGGCUCCUCAAUUUCGUACAAGAGAUGUUUUAAGCAUCUCCCGGGAGUAUCGUAAAAAUGCUCACACCCUUAUCGAGCAUAUGAUUAAAUUAAAAAAUAUUGAUAUAUACGUUUGUGAAGAAAAUUUACAGUCAUUUAAAAAAUAUAUGGAUUUAAUCGGCUGGGCCUAUUCAGCACCAAAAACUCCCGAAAUAGUAAAGAAAACGAGUAUCGCUGAAUUUCAGAAAAGGUGUGAUAAAGAAGCUCAGUUAUUAAAGCAAACUUACAUUCAUGAUACUAGUUUAACAUUUUAUAAGAUUUUAAGGAAAUCAACUCAUCGAUUAGCGCGAAUCAUGAGCGACAGUAUAAUUCAAAAGUUACAGACAUCUAAAUAUAUGGUAAAGUUUCAUAUUUAUCAUGACUUUAUAAGAAAUCGAAUUGACAAAGGUUUGGAAAGAAGAAAUAUAUUGGACCAGGAUACGGAAAACAGUGUUCAAAAUUUUAUCUGCAAGCUUUUACCUUAUAAUUGUAUCGAUGAAAUUAUGAGUUAUCUCAAUAAUGAUGACUUACAAGCACUGAUAAGUGCCAGUCGAGUUUCUACUACUUCAGAUACCAAUAAAUUUGAAAGUAGCACUGAAGAAAUUCGUGAGAUUAUUCAAAUAUUAAAAAACCGAAGAUCUGGUACUUUAUAAAUUUUAUAAUUUAUUAUUUUUUAUUCCGAAAAACAAAAGUUUUUUGUUUAUGCAUAGAAAUGUUUUAUGAAUUACUUCAUAUAGAUAUGCUCGAGAGUACAAAUACCCAACCCGCUCGGCAUGAAUGUCAGAGUCAUCUUAUUAGUAUUAUAAACUUAUCUUGGUAUAAAUAAGACAUGUGGAUGUUGAUCCUAAGAGACAUAGAAAAUUUAUGUUGCUGUUUCUGUCUUAAAAAAGAAGUUAAUUAAAAGAUCGUUUAGAUGACUUAUUUUACCGCUAUUUGUUAUGUCAUUUUUGCCGUCACUUGUGUCAAGUCUUUUAAGUAGAUAUUUUUUCGGUGACAAAUUUCUGAUCGUUUUGUCAAAAUUUUUGUGCCUUCUCUAAUUAAGAAAAAUUUCUGUAAAAAAUUCAAAACACUUUUUAAUAUUUCAAAACUAUUUAAAUCGACUGAUAUAUAGACACACUUAACAUGCUAGAAUGGGUUAAAUCAUUUUUCUUAAUCAAGGUUAUCGAUGUUAAAAAACAGUCUAAAAACUGAUGUCUUUUUAGAUGUCACAAAGGCAAGUGUGCUACUUGGACAAUAAUUAAUCAAAGAUAUGAAUUAUUGUUUUAAAUUUUUUAAAAGUAAAAGUAUAAAAAAAAAAUAAAAAUGAAUUGUAAUAGAAAAGAAAUCGAGAAAAAAUUACUGUUUGUUUGUAAGAUACUUUAAUAGUAUCAAUUGACUUUACUUUGCUUAAGUUUGUUUUAUUGAUAAUCAAUUUAAAAAAAUGUAAUUAUUAUUAUUGUAAAUAUUUAUUGGGUCGUAUUUAUAUUUUAUCUAUUAUUCUGAAACAUUAAUACCAAUUAAUGUUUAAAUUUAAGCAUCGCUUAGACUAAAUAUAUAACAUUUUGUAAACCUCAGUUCACUGAUUUUUGAUUGAAUUUAUUUCGUAUUUUUAAAUUAUUAAUGAACUAUUUAAUCAUCUCAUUGUAAUUCAAGUCUUCGAAUGAGCAA